GUUUCCCAACAAUCCUAGCUAGCAAAGUUGAUAUUUGCUUCAACAAAAAACAUAAAGAGAAACCUAAUUGGAGAGAGACAACAACACAACAACAUGGGUAGAGCUCCAUGCUGUGACAAGGCCAACGUCAAGAAAGGACCAUGGUCUCCUGAAGAGGAUGCUGCACUUAAGGCCUACAUUGAAAAGAACGGAACUGGUGGCAAUUGGAUUGCUCUUCCUCAGAAAAUUGGGCUCAAGAGAUGUGGAAAGAGUUGCAGACUUAGGUGGUUAAAUUACUUGAGACCUAAUAUCAAACAUGGUGGAUUUACUGAAGAAGAAGACAACAUCAUCUGCAAUCUUUACAUUAGCAUUGGUAGCAGGUGGUCCAUAAUUGCUGCUCAGUUACCUGGAAGGACAGAUAACGACAUCAAGAACUAUUGGAACACUAGAUUGAAGAAGAAACUGCUUGGGAGGCGCAAACAAUCUAACUUCAACACAAAGGACACAAAUAAUGGAAUAGAGGAGAACUCUUAUUCAAAUGCCCUAAGCAGCUCAGCCCUUGAAAGACUCCAACUGCACAUGCAACUUCAAAGCCUUCAAAACCCUUUCUCUUUCUACAAUAACCCUGCGUUGUGGCCUAAGUUGCAUCCUUUCCAAGAAAAGAUGAUCCAGAGCCUGCAAUCUUUGAAUGACGGCUCUAACCCUGUGGUGCAAGAUGCUUUGCCUACCCCCCAUGUCGAACAAGGACAAAAAGAUGAGUUCAUCUACAAGCCUCAACAUGAUGGUGCAAAGAUCCAUAGCCCACAGGUUCAUCUUCUGGAGAAUAUUCCUUCAAGUAACAGUGGAGUUCCCUUUGUUGCUUCUGAGAGCAAUAAUAAUCCAAUGCACUCAAGUCUUGCACCAAGAGCUGAGGCUGUUGAACAGACUAAUAAUGUGGGAUUUCAGCAACUCGGUGCACUGCAAACUGAACUAGAUGACAUUCUGAACAACAGAACAAUGGGUUACGUGCCUCAGGAAGAUCAUCAGAUGGCUGAAUUUGAUUGUUUCAGAGAGAUGAAUGGCUCCAAGGACAGCCUGAUUUGGUGGUCCAAUGAUUCUGAUACCAGAUCAGCAUCCUCAAAUUCCUGGGAUUCAUCUGCUACUCCAGCUCUUUUAACACAAGGGAUGUUCCAAGAUUAUGAACUGGGUUACAGUCUGUAGUGAUUACAAGGAUAUAACUUUCUGGUUAUGCUAAUUUGUUGUGUUAGUCAUAAGAUGUGGAACGAGGAGCAUGAGUAGUAGCAGGUCUUGUAAACAACAUCGUGAAUAUAAUAAUGUAAAUCCGAUCAAUGUCUGAGUAAUGUAGAAACUACUAGUUUGUUCUGAACAAUAACCAACGUGGUCCUUGAUAUAUAUAUUUCUUAAACU